AUGUCACCAUUGAGAGAUAUUAAAGAAAUUAUAAGAGCAUUAAAUAAGCACAACAAUAGGAAAUUAACACCAAGGGAGGCCUUUGUCCAUAAUGGUCUAGAUAAAAAACAAUUCCAAUUUAAUGACAAAUUAUUAACUUUUGGAGGAUUUUUAACCUUCUUAAAAAACAAGAAUGUAGAAUUUCUUAACCUUUUUAAAAAAUCUUUAGAACAAGUCCAAAAUUGGGAAGCCGAUGGUUGGGUAUGGGAAUGCCCGCCAAUUACGCAAGAAACUUUAGAUAAUGAUUUUUCAUAUUCAGUCUACAAACCGCCACAGGAAAUGCUAGAAACAGUGGCUCCCGAAUCAGGAAUAUACGAGGAAUAUUACAACCGCGAACCUACUAAAUCCGUAGUAAGUUUUAAUUCUCUGAACAACAAUUUAUUAGUCGUCCCUAAGCCGACGGAAGUUGCGGAACAAAUGCUCGCUAAAUUAGAAGCAGAACCGAAAGUUCCUUAUUGUUUAUCCACCAGCGGUUUACAAGUGGCUUGA